AUGUACCUACACGAGUUUGGAAAGGUUAAAGUGAUCAAAUUAUUUGCUCUACUCGAAGACGUUUGCCAUGGCGCAGAUGGGAUUUCAGAUCUUACAGAGGCGCAAAUUGGAGUGAGUUAUGGAGAUUUUUGAAUAGAAUGUAUUUUUUUGAUCCAAAAUAUGGAAAAAAACAAAGGUUAAAAAAAAAUUUUUUUGAAAUUUGGAGUUUUCCAUAAUUUUGAAUCGACAAAUCUUGGAUUUUUCAACUACUCAUUUUUUUGAAAAAACGCUUUUUAUUCAACACCUCAUACAUUUUUUCCAAACUGAGGCGUUCAUUUUCGAAACAUUUUUUUGGAAAAAUUUUUAAGUUUAGAAUCACCUUUCUUCCUGUAUGGGAAUCAAACUAUACAUAGCAAUUAAAAUCGUUCGCUCCUGAUAGAAAUUUUAGUUCUUCAAACCGAUUUAGUGAAUCCAGCAAUAUCUCCCUUUGCUUAAGAACUAGACCUACUUAACUUUAAACUGAUCACAUCUCUUAGUAUAAAUCCUAAUCAUCCUAAAACCCCAGGAAAUCUGCCACGACGUCUGCAAAUCCCUGCACAACGUCUGCAUUUGUCCCAGGGAUCGUCGUCGAUUCGAAGCCGCCGCCAUGACCACGGCUGAUCAACGACAUCGUUUCUUGACUGCGAAUUAUGUCAAUGGGUCUUUUGUCAGUUUUCAUCGCAAAUCCUAGGGAAACCUGAACUUUUUCAGGAGAUUUUCCGUCUCGAUGACAUGGAGAAGCAGCGCCUGAAUGAGCAGGACAGAACGAAGAAGACAACUUCUGGGAUUACCAAGCAAACGGUGAGAUGAACUUUUUUCUCGGAUAAUCUUAUCACUCAGGUCGUGCCAGAAGUGUCCAUCCAGACGGAAAGGAUAAGAGAUCUGAACGAGGAGGAGUUCAUCAUCAGCAUCCCGACAGAAAACGACAAGAAGAUCUCCUUGCUGACCAUCGCCGCCUCGAUGACAACCAACACUACCUACGUUUUUUCCUACACCCCAACUUUCGUUCUCUAUACUCUGCGAACGGUUAGUUACAAUUGGAAUUACCAUUAAAGCCUUUUUUGCUCAAUUAUUGUCUUGUCUCCUUAAGAUUCUACCAGUAGACCGACGACAUUUGUACGCCUUCGUCGCCUCAUCAACAAGAUCUACAGAAUAUCUCAAGUUGCCGGAUGAGCUCUACGUCAAGAUGCAAGGUUUGAACAAAAAACUACUCUGUUCAUCACAAGCAUAAGAAAAAGAAGAUCUUUUUUCUUCUUACGUCUUUGUACCGCUUGAGCGGCCCCGAGUCUAUUAGCCUAGGUCCUAUCCUGAUAUCAGUGAUAAUCAGUGGACUGGUUAGAUAUCUGGUCUUGUUUGUGACGAGACUAUAAAGCCGUGGUUUCCGAGUAUCAAAACUUCUUCAACUCCUUGGGUUAACACGCGGCGGGGAUUGAACUUAUGACCUUCUGGACCUUAGACAGGCAAACAACCCGUUGCGCUACGGCACGCUAAGAAUAUACCCUGAUCAAUAAUCUCCUCAAGACUGCUCAAAAAACUUUCAAGACCAGAAUUACCCUUCCAGAAUUCCUACUAGCCUGCGCCGACAUGAAAGAAUGGUCGGACCCGUUCCGACUUGUCAUCCAUCAGAAAGUCCAAGAAAGCAUCCACUCAACGGCUUCCAAGUUCUUGUAAAUCACUGCUCCUUCUCCCAAUGAUCAAAGAAACUUCUCAGCCAAAACAGCCGACGUCUUCAACGACAGGCGGAGAAUCUCGAAAGGUACUACAGUUCCGAGGCGGCGGCCGACGUGAAAAGGAACCGUUGCGCCGUCGGCCACCAAGUUCUUACGAACAGAGGACAAAAAAGGCCUCAUCCUGGCGUUUCUCGGGAAGAAGUCAAAGUUGGAUCGGACGAACCAGGGAAACGUAUUCCUGUUGACCCGGUCAACGCCUUCAUUGAGCGAUGUUGGUUUCACUUGAAUUUUCUCAAAAUUCUAUGGAUUUCAGUUCAACUUGAAGGCCACAGCAACAUCGAAUGCGCUUUGGAUAAAAUAGUUCAAAAAGUCGAAUGCCAUGAUGACGAUUACGGGUUACAAAGUGAAGACAACUCUUCUUGA